AUGCGCCGUGUUGCGGCUUCGACCGCCUUCAAGCGUGCCCUCUCGACCUCCAGACCCGCUCUCUAUGCCACCCAAUCGUCGAUCCCUCGUACAAAGCUGUUCAUCAAUGGCGAGUUUAUCGACUCCAAGACUGACAAGUGGAUUGAGCUCCGCAACCCCGCCACACAAGAGAUCGUCACCCUCGUCCCUGAGGCCACUCCCGAGGAGCUCAAGUACGCUGCUGAUACCGCCGCUGAAGCCUUCAAGACCUGGAGAAAGACCUCCAUCCUUCACCGCCAGCGCAAGAUGCUCGACCUCCAGCUUCUGAUUCGUGACAACAUGGAUAGAAUCGCCCAUUCAAUCACCUUGGAGCAGGGUAAGACCUUGGCUGAUGCCCGCGGUGAUGUCCUCCGCGGUCUCCAGGUUGUUGAGUCAGCCUGCGCUAUCCCCCACAUGCUCAUGGGUGACACCCUCGAGGUCGCCACCGAUAUGGAUACCUACACGAUCCGCGAGCCCCUCGGUGUCGUUGCCGGUAUCACUCCCUUCAAUUUCCCUGCUAUGAUCCCCCUCUGGAUGUUCCCUCUCGCCAAUGUCAUUGGAAACACUUGCAUUAUCAAGCCCUCCGAGAAGGACCCUGGCGCCACCAUGAUCCUCGCUGAGCUCGCUCAGAAGGCCGGUAUCCCUGCUGGUGUCCUGAACGUCGUUCAUGGUGCCAGGGACACCGUCAACUUCAUUUGCGAUAACGAGCACAUCAAGGCCAUCUCCUUUGUCGGAAGUGACCAGGCUGGUCACUACAUCCACGAGCGUGGUUCUCGCAACGGCAAGCGUGUCCAGGCAAACCUGGGCGCCAAGAACCACGGAAUCAUCAUGCCCGACGCCAACAAGAACCAUACCUUGAACCAGCUUACUGGUGCUGCCUUUGGUGCUGCUGGCCAGCGUUGUAUGGCUCUUUCGACCGUAGUUUUUGUCGGCAAGGCCAAGGAGUGGCUUCCUGAGCUCGUCGAGCGUGCACAGAAGCUCAAAGUCUCCUCUGGCUUUGAAGCCGAUGCUGAUCUCGGCCCCUUGAUCUCUCCUGAGGCCCUCAAGCGCGUGGAACGUCUCAUUGAUUCCGGUGUAAAGGAGGGCGCAGAGUUGGUUCUGGAUGGACGUGGCCUCAAAGUCCAGAAGUACGAGAAGGGCAACUUUAUUGGGCCUAGCAUCUUGACUAACGUCAGAACUGACAUGGAGUGCUACCGUGAAGAGAUCUUUGGACCCGUCCUUGUCUGCUUAAAUGCUGAGACUCUGGAUGAUGCCAUCGAUAUCAUCAACAAGAACCCUUAUGGAAACGGAACCGCCAUCUUCACCCAGAGCGGCGCCAUCGCUAGAAAGUUUGCCAACGAGGUCGAUGCUGGCCAGGUCGGCAUCAACGUCCCCAUCCCCGUGCCAUUGCCCAUGUUCUCGUUCACUGGCUCCCGUGGCUCGAUCCGUGGUGAUGUUAACUUUUACGGCAAGUCUGGAGUCAGCUUCUAUACCUCGACUAAGACUGUCACUGCUCUCUGGCGCCAUGAGGAUGCUGACAGCACCGUUGCCAACGUCAACAUGCCCACUAUGAAGUAA